AUGAACACUCUGUUGGCGGUGUUAAGCCGCCGCUUAAUGGCUUCUAAUGCUUUACUAAGGCAGAUUCCAAGGCAGAGUUGGACUCGUAUUGCUCCUCCCAUUGGAGCUAGAGGUUUUCUGUUAGCUACGAGAGCAAGAUUUCAAUAUUCGCCCCAUAGAUUUCAAAAGCCAAGUCCUAAUAGAGAUCCAAAUUCUGAGAGUCUGAAUAAAGAGUUCAAAAAGGAUUCUGAGAAAAAUGAAGAAAACGGGAAACAAGAAAAAGAGGAGGACCCUGAAACGAAAAGACAGAAACAAGAAGAGCGAAGGUUCAGAGAGGAAUUACGUCAGAAGCAAGAAAGUGCUAAGAAAAAUGGUCGUGAUGCAUCGCUAUUCAGUAAGGAGGGGCUCACAGUGCUCCUCAUUUGCAUAGGGGUGACGAUCCCUUUAACUUUUUGGACAACCCUUUCCUUGUUUCCAGAUAAAGAAGAACUUUCAUUUCAAACAUUCAAAACUCGCUACCUAGAGAAGGGCCUCGUUACAAGAUUGAAUGUUAUCAAUCGUUUCGCCGUCGAGGCUGAAUUGGUUCCGGGUGCUUUCUCUGACGAGACCAGUCUUGGUGCUGAUGGCAAUCCUAUUGUUGUCUUCACCAUUGGAUCUGUUGAAGUUUUUGAAGAAGAAAUGAAUGCCGUUCAAGAUAGACUCGGUAUCCCAAUCGAGCAAAGAUUACCUAUCUCCUAUAUUGAGCGAGGAUCAUGGCUAAACAUGAUUAUGCCCGUUUUGCCAACAAUACUCUUGAUCGGGGGUCUCUGGUACAUCAGUGUUCGUAGAGCUCCACAGGGUGGCGCUGGUGGUGCUGGUGGUAUUUUCAAGAUUGGUAAGUCAAAGGCGAAGCUUUUCAACCAAGAAACGGAAGUCAAGAUCAAAUUCAAGGAUGUGGCUGGCUGCGAAGAAUCCAAGGAAGAGAUUAUGGAGUUUGUGAAAUUUCUCCAGGACCCAAUCAAAUACGAAAAGCUUGGCGCUAAGAUCCCCAGAGGUGCCAUCUUGUCAGGUCCUCCCGGUACUGGUAAAACACUUUUAGCUAAGGCUACUGCUGGUGAAGCUGGUGUGCCAUUUUUGUCAGUGUCCGGUUCUGAGUUCGUUGAAAUGUUCGUCGGUGUUGGUGCUUCUCGUGUCAGAGACUUGUUCAAAACGGCUCGUGAAAUGGCGCCGUCGAUCAUCUUUGUUGAUGAGAUCGAUGCCAUUGGUAGAGAAAGGGGUAACGGACGUGUGGCUGGCAACGAUGAAAGAGAAAACACUUUGAAUCAGCUACUUGUUGAGAUGGACGGCUUCGAGGCAUCCGAUCACGUCGUUGUUCUCGCAGGAACAAAUCGUGUUGACAUCUUGGAUAAAGCCUUAUUACGUCCUGGCCGUUUCGACAGACAUGUGACUAUUGACACUCCUGAUAUAGAGGGUAGAAAAGCAAUUUUCAAGGUCCAUUUAAACAAGCUUACAUUAAAAUGUGUUGAGGACAUAAGGGCCUCUCAAAGUGAUGUGGACUUUAGCAAAUAUCAGCAGUUAAUUGACGAGGCAACAGACAAUCUCGCAGGAAGAUUGGCGGCAUUAACUCCAGGCUUCGCUGGUGCAGACAUUGCCAACUGUUGUAAUGAAGGUGCCUUGAUCGCUGCGAGAGAAGACGACACUGCUGUCGACGUUCACCACUUCGAACAAGCUAUUGAGAGAGUUAUUGCAGGUCUCGAAAAAAAAUCUCGUGUUUUGACCCCAGAGGAGAAGAAGACAGUUGCUUAUCACGAGGCGGGCCACGCAAUCUGUGGAUGGUUCUUGGAAUACGCUGAUCCUCUAGUGAAAGUUUCCAUCAUCCCUAGAGGUCAGGGAGCUUUAGGGUAUGCUCAGUAUUUACCGAAGGAUCAAUAUUUGGUUUCCGAGGAGCAAUUCAAGCACAGAAUGAUCAUGGCCCUCGGUGGGAGAGUGAGUGAGGAGUUGCAUUUCGAGUCAGUGACAAGUGGUGCUUCAGAUGACUUUAAGAAGAUAACACAAAUGGCCCAACUGAUGGUUUUGCAGUUGGGAAUGUCAGAAAAGAUCGGUAGUAUUUACUUUGACACUGGAAACGACCAGGGUGGAUUCAAGGUACACAAUAACUACUCAGAGAAGACCGCGAAACUUAUUGAUGAGGAGGUCAAGCGCUUCAUCGAUGAAGCCUACGAUGCUUGCAAAAAGCUAUUGACAGAGAAGAUUGACUUGGUUGACAAGGUUGCGGAGGAAGUUUACAAGAAGGAGGUAUUGACGCGUGAGGAUAUGAUCAGAUUAGUUGGUCCUCGUCCAUUCCCCGAAAGAAACGAUGCUUUCGAUAAAUACAUAAAGGGGAACGAUGUCUACAAGGGAAAGCCAAAAUCGGAGAACGACAACACUGGUUACGAGGACUCUGAAGCUGGUAAUGAAGCAACUGCUUGA